CUUCUGUUUACAUUACGGAUUACGAAUCGCGGUUUUAAAAUAUACAGUAAUUAUAUUCUACAUUACCAAUUCGAUAAAAGCUGCAAAUAAUUAAUCUACAGAAUUUCUUGCACUGGAUCUUAGAAAAUCUCAAAAUCAAGGUAAGUAUACUAAAAAUGAUGAUCAUAAUUUAGCGACAUACGAUCGGCGAGGGCUGAAAUUAUUCAUUCAUUCAUAAUUCAUGUGUUACUGUUGUCAGACAGAAUAGUCAGUAAUGUGUUGCCACAUUCUUUCAUUAUUCAAUGAGAAUGAUGGCCACAUUCAUUCAUUAUUCAUGAGAAUGCCCUUAUGCCAUGGCCAUGCCUAAGCAAAUCUGAACCCUAAAUGGUAAAACUAAAUGUAUCCCUAAAGCCGCUCAUAAUAGCUAACCACUGUUUGUAACCUGAACCCUAAAAACUAAAACUUAUACUUAUGUAGCCCUAAUCUAAUGAAUGAUAUAGCACCAAUUCUCUGCAUUAGCUGUGUUGAUUGUUUAGCUUAUGCGGAGAAUUGUAUGUAAGUUUCUACUUUAAGUCAUUAUUUAAAAUAGGCUCUAACUCUUAAUACUCACACAACUGCGAGUGCGAUUGUCCAGUAUUGAAUGAAUAACUCCUGCGAUUCGCAAUGGAAAAAGGGGGAGACUAAACAUAAGCAUUGCCUCACCGCCACAAGCGCUCAUUCCCACUUGCGCUCAUUCCCACUUGCGUAUGUCAUCUUGAUGACGGAUACGGGAGAGCCUUUAUGAGAAUGAUUACGCUGCUGAAGCUCUCGGCCUUGCAUUUUGAGAAAAAAAAGAAAGCAAAAAUAACUUGAAAAUUGAAAAGGGUGGGGCCGUCUCUAGCUCUGGGCCCUUGAAAAGUGCCAUGGUUGUCCACCCCCUCCGUCCACCCCCGACCCCGUUGCGGGCCUGUCAUAAUUAUUUAUCAGUAUUCGCGAACCAGUCCUGGUUUGAUUUAACACAAUUUUUGAAUAACCAUGCUCAUCAUGCUGAAUUGGUAGAUUACCAAUUGAAAAAUAUUGAAAUAUAAUAUGUAAUAAUAAUAAAGCCCACUCUAAUGGCAGUAGCGCAGUCAGUACAUCUUCAUCUGGCACCUUAUUUUAGUCUUGAAGUUACAGGUUAGACCUAUACUAUAAGUUAUAACUAUAGUUAUAGUAAGGCCAUCUCAAAUAGCUUUGUGGGCCCUGGGCAAAUCAAUUCACUGAAGCCCCUUAUUCCUAAUUUUCCUUCAAGUAAUAUUAAGGAAAACAAUUUUGGCCCAGGUAAGUCCAUGCCUUACUACCAGGGUUUCUUUGAAUUUAAUCAGGGUGGGUGGGCUGUUAGGGAAGGGAGUAAGGCCCCUAUCAUUGUGAAAAUUAGGCUUAAAUUAACCUGGGGCCAACUCUGACUCUGUCACACUCACCAUACAUAAACAUAAUUUCACUAUGGUUGUGGCGGCGCCUAAGUGAGGGCAUGCUUUCGGCCCCAGCUUAGUUUCACCGCUUAAAUCUAUAUAGUUCAACUAUACAUCUACCAAACUAAAAGGAACUCACAAUUUUCAAUUUCAAAAAGAACAUUUAAUUUCACUAACAUCUAGUGCUUUCUUUAAUAGGAGAGGGAGCAGAAACUGAGGGCACCAGACUCCCAAACAAAACUUGAGAUUGAGUUUGGGGAGGGGUCUCAGUGAGCCCUUCCCCCGAAAUUUUUUAAUAAAUUCAGUGCAGGGCUGCAUUUUGACACAUAUCUGAAUUUAGUUUUGCAUCAUUCUACACUUAGUCAGUGAGCAACAGAAGUGAUGUUUCUUAAUAGUAAUUUUGCUUUAGGACUGUAAUUUUUAAUUAAAACUCUUUAUAUGUUUACACUACUUCAUUGAUAUAUGAAUACUUUAAAAAAAUUAUUUCUGUUAAAAAUAGUUAUGACAAAAAAAAAAAGGACUGCUAUACAAUCCAAUACUUUCAUUAGCCAGUCAUUCAAAUGUAAAAAAUUAAGAAAAAAAAACAAUUAAACUAUCCACAAAAUUUAUUAUCAAUUAACAAUUAAUUUUUAAUUAAAACUCUUUAUAUGUUUACACUACUUAAUUGAUAUAUAAAUAAUUUAAAAAAAUUAUUUCUGUUAAAAAUAGUUAUGACAAAAAAAAAAAAAAGGACUGCUAUACAAUCCAAUACUUUCAUUAGCCAGUCAUUCAAAUGUAAAAAAUUAAGAAAAAAAAACAAUUAAACUAUCCACAAAAUUUAUUAUCAAUUAACAACGCAUAUGUUUUAAACAGAUACAAAUUUUUAGCAAAUUCGGUCUGGAUGUACAAUUAUUAAUUUAAAAUAGCUGUUAUACCCUACUGCCUUGUCAUUUGUAAAAAUGAAUAUCACUGAAGAGUCCUUCAACAGCAGAAUAUUCUUCAUUUAGGCCUAUAUAAAAAUUAUUUAUUUUCCAUUACCUAAGUAUACAUUUUUGAAAAGAUAAUAUGUCGUGUGUGUCCCUGUCGUCCCCCCCGUCCCCCCCCCUUAAAUUAGGCACUUCAGACAGUUUCCUGCUUUGCCUGUAUUAAAGGCCCACCCCGUAUGUAUGUUAUUGUUCUAUGGAGUUAAUUUUCUGGCUUGUCUCAUCCACGUUAGAAUUUCCGGUCAGCCAUGGCUGUAUUAGCUCCGACUGAAGAGGAUAAUGAUGAUGAGGAUGAAUUCUUGGAUGAUAAUGAUCCACCUAUACAUGUCAACCCCAUCAAUGAGCCACCUAGGGACCGGGCUUUAGCUGAUCUGGGUGUUCACCUUAGGCCUAGGCCCUGGGUAAAUGUAUGUAAUCUCAUAAAGCAUUGUCGUAGUAUUGACAUAAGUAUUUGUUUCAUGGCUGUGUUGGGAAAUUAGUUUAAUUGCAUGCUGGUUUGUCUCUUAUCAUAAUCUCAUUUAUGAUUUGAAUAUGUGAAAUAAGACCCAUUCAAGAAUAUACAGCAGGCAACAUACAAAUCAGGAUCCUGAGAGUGAUACGGCUAAGUAUGUAGCUUAGGUAUUGACCAUAUAUAUUUAUUAAAAUAAGAUCCUAAGCAUGCCAUCAUAGAUUUCACACCCAUCCCCAAAAAAUUUUUUUUUUUCUGUGACCGUUGUAAGUGUAUUCACAAUGACCUGGUGAACAACAAAUAACAUUAAGCUUUUUUCUUGUGCUAUCAAAACUUUAAUAGCUUUAAAUUGACAUGACCUACUAUUUUGAUAUCCUUUCCUAUCCCUGAUUUAAUAUGACCCCAUGAUCUUCAUAUUGGCACCCUCUGAGUACACCCCAUGGUAAAGGAUUUUCAAGGCUAUCUAAAAAUUAAUUUUUUCCGGCUGAUUAAAUGGCAUGUGCCGGUUAUGAAAUAAAAUCAUUUAUGGUUCCAUUGAGAUAGCUACUGCCUUUGAGAGUAAGAUUGGAAUAAAUCUGUUUUAAAUUCCUCAACAUUAUGUUCAACUAUUGAGUAAGAUAAAGAGGCAAGGUUGCCUCCAACAAGCAAAUUGGCCGAUUACUGAUUAAGAGAAGCAAGAUGUAAUUUGAUAAUUAAAUCAUUGCAAAAUUGCUCUUCCAGAUUUCUGAUGAUGUGAGUUGCCUCCAGCCUCAUUUGGAAUGUGGUGCCCAGGCUCCAGCUCCACAGGCACAACAAAUGCUGAUCACUGGUUGGUCAAACAUAGUUUAAAUGCUAUUUAUCUCUUAUAUUUAAGGGUUGUAAACCUAAAUGCAACUGAAUAUACACACUAUUACUAUUAUGCAAGGAUAGGCUUAAUUUUAAUGAAUUCUAUCGAAGGAAGCUGGGUAGCACAAAUGUAAGUAAGAAACAAAGCCAGCGGUGAAAAGAAUUAUAAAACUUGGAUCUAUUAUAAAAGUUGGUUGACAAUAUACCUGUAACCAAACAUUGAUAAAUCAAGUUAAAUUUAAAUCCCAAAGAGGAAGUGUUUUUUUUUUUUUUUUUUUUUUUUUUUUUUUUUUUUUUGUAAAUCAAAAAAUAUUAAAGUGUAUAUGUCAACGUUGCAUAUUUGUCAUAAUAAUUUGAAAUAUUGGAUCAAAACCGUUUACUAUACACACAAAAUUAGAAAAUAUAAAAAUAUUAUUCGAUGGAUACUUAUAUAAAUUUUUUUAAAAAUGAGCCUAAAAUGUUAAAAUAAGUAGUCUUUAGCAACUGCACAGAUUAGACAUUUGAUAAAGGAAUUGAAAUUAAAUUCCUCCACUAAAUAAAAGUAAUCAGAAGAAGAAGAAGAAAAAAAACAGCAAAAACUUGUAUAUUUAGAUUUUUAAAUUUGUUUAUAUGUUUAUGAAUUUGUUUUUUUUGCUUCAGAAAUUGUCAUUUAAUUAUUAUUUUAAAUGUUUUAAAUUUUUAGAAACUCAAUUGGGGACGUCACUUCAGCACUGUUGUAAGGCCAUUGGAUCUUCUGAGUCUAGAGGUAAAGAAUUAAUUGGAAAUAUUUGAGACGUUUCUUAAACUAUUUUAUUUUAUUCAUUGAUACCAUCAUUCUGUGGCUGAUUACUUUUAUGUUUCUGUGUAACUAUGCAUAUUGUUUCCCUCUCUUCCUUGAGCUCUCCUUUCCCCAUAUUCAUGCAAACUUCUUAGCAUGGGGGGUGUGAUUAGGAAUAAUUUUUAAUUUAUAAAUGUAAACAAUGAACAUAGUGAAAUACCGGGCCUAUCACAAUUCUGAGAAAACCACUGCUCAGGAGGAACGAUUUUUCUUUUUUUUUUUGCUUGUUUGCAGGUGAAAGCCAUUUAGUAAAGACACAGUGUCUUGCACCAGAAUUAAAAGCACGUUUAAUGCCGAAGAAGAAGGCUGAUGCAUCAAAUGGAAAUGAUGCAGAACAGCUACUGCAGGGUGAGUUAAAUUUACAUUGAAUAAAUCAAUCAGAUGGCAUCCUUCCCUCUUCAUAAGAUGAGGGUGUGCCUUCUGUUUUGUUUUUUAUUAUUUGUACCUCUGCGGGUGAAUUUUGAGGCAGAUACUGGAGGGGCCGUGCCAGCUUCGUCCUCACAGGAGAGUUGUGACUCUUGCAGAUCCAGUCACUUUUAUAAUUUUGAGAUGUCUGUUAUGAUGGUAUGCAGGGACCUAUUAGAACUACGAUUUUGAGAGUUUGGGUUAAAAAAUUAGUUAGUUUUUUACAAUUUAAAAAAAAACAACAUUUUCAAUUGUUAAUUUUAGAUCUUUUCUACAUCCAGCGUUGAAUAGGUUGAGGAAUGAUGGGUUGGGUUCCAUUCAUAAUUAUAUUAUGUACACACUGAGAGGGGAAUGUGGGGCGUUGACUUAUAUCAGGAAGUAUCCUCAAUCAAGCUGCUUUUAGUGAUGCGUCUUCUAAUUCAAUACCGGCUUUUGAUAUGUCUUUUCCUAACGGAGCUAUGUCACCAUCAUAAUCAAGAUACUGAAGUGGUUGAUUGUAGAGAGUGCCUGUUGGAUGUGGGUCUUGGGUCUCCCUCGAAAAGUUCCUGCUAUUAUACCUCGUGCGGGGACACUAAUCUUCCAUUGAGCACCUCCUAGGUGUCGGAUAGGGGAAAGCCCACCCAGAUAUAGAGGGUGCGGGGGGAGGGGAUAAAAAUACCAACACAGACAAAAAUUAGAACCCACUGCCUUGUAGGAAGUGGAGGGAUCCACAAAGGCUAGGGAACCUUAACCAAAAAUUUAGUCAGCUACCUAGAGAGCUGUAAGGGGCAGACCCCCAGAUGGUUGUGCCCAGGGCUAACAAACCCGGCCAUGUAAAUAAAAAGUUACUAAAGCCAAACAACAUUUAUUUUGAAAGAAAAUCUAAAACCUUUUUUGACGACCGUAAUGUCAUCAGAUUUAAAUAUAUUGUAAUUCACAUAAAAAUGUACACAUCCUCUUUCCUUUCACUGAAAUGUGUUUGCAGAAGAAGGUUAAAUACAUUAUUUCAUUGGUUUUAAAACUAUCUAUAUACCAAUUUCUGAUGUGUAACUUAUUUAUCUCGCCCAUGGAGACUGACUCCACUUUGGGUUGCUUCCAAAAUCAUUUUUGUUCUUUGUAUACUCGAUUCCAGUAAGUGGAGUAGGGCUAAUUAAAAGACUAUAAUAUCAUUUUUUAAAAUGUUUUCUUUCAGUGUGAAUAAUUUAUUUUCUUUCAAUUCAUGGUGUCCAUGUUUACUUAGCCAAACCAUGACAGCCACAAAUUAUUUGAAAGCGGAUUGAUAUGUCACAACUCAUUUUGCUCUUUCUCUCUGAAAACUUAUUGUUUUUUCUUACAUUGUCUUCCACCCAUUCUGUGGCAUAGCUUGUGCUGCCUGGGGCAACCACGCAUUCUGUGGCAUAUCUUGUGCUACCUGAGGCACCCACCCAUUCUGUGGUGUAACUUGUGCUACCUGAGGCACCCACCCAUUCUGUGGUGUAACUUGUGCUGCCUGGGGUAAAAUUAAAAAAAUCACAGCCCCUCCCCCACUCCCAUAUAUUUUAUUAAGUUUUAAGGCAAAAGAGCGAAAAGAUGCAAAUCAGAGGUUUUCAAACUUUUAAGGCGGACAGGUCACAUGUUGUAUAUUUUCAAUAUUACAGCAGAGACUGUUGCAAUUUAUCUCUUGAGUUUCCUAUAUUUCUUUAUCACUUAUGCCGCACAACUGAGUGUUUGCCGAGUUUAUAGAUGAAAAAAGACAUAUAUAGACAUCAGAUGAAAAAAGACAAAUAUAGAAAUCAGUUACUUUGUUUUACUGGAAGUGACAUAUCUAUUCAAACAACUUUACCAAAAAAAAGAAAAGAACUCUGGCAAAUUUGUGAUAGCCAACAGCUUUAUCUUUAUUUUCAUUUUCCAUCAGUUUUUUUUGUCUUGUAAUAUUGCUUUUGGUAAAGUCAAGUUUUCUUUAAACAAUGCAACAAGUCAAUAUUUCUCUUAACGAUGCAUAAAGUCAAGUUUUCUCUUAAACCAAAAAGUCAAGUUUUCUCUUAACAAUGCAAAAAGUGUCUGGAGAAACAUUUUUUAUCAAUAAAGCUUUAAAAAAAUAUAUAUACAUGUCACCUAUGUUUUUCCUUUUUAGUUAAGAAUCAUUGUUUUCACGAAGAAGCCAACUGCACAAUCAUGUCAUGAAAUUUCCAACAUGAAUCUAUUUUGUCAACCACAGCUUGGUGGGGCUUCACAUCAGUUUUGCAGUUGGCGGCAGUUUGGCAAUUCACUUCAAUCUACUCGAGGAGCACAGAACUUAAAGUAAAAAGUCUGGAUGUGCAUUGCUUGCCAAUGUUGUUUUGCGAUCAUUUGGUGUAUUUGUUCUGUGGAUUAACGAAAAGACUUCUUGAGAGAUUUGUUUAAGCCCAAGCUGACAUCAGUGAUAAACUCUAUUUGGAGUUGGAGCCAACCGUUCAAUGCAUAUGCAAAAAGUUAUAUUUUCAUACCCCACCUCCGGCUUUAACCUGUAGAUUUUUGGACCUCUCUCCCCUAAGACUAUGUACAAAGGAGCUUCUCACAAGCCCUGCUACCCCUAAAUCACUUUUUUUUUUCAAUAUAUUUAUAGACAGUUAUGACCUACAAGAGUAUUAAAUGAAUUCACCGUGAACCAUGUCAUCCAAUUUUGUUAGAUGUUUUUUCUCCAUAGCGAGUUUAGCUGUCUACAUUAAUUGACAAUCUUUGGUUCUUCUGAAGGAAAUAAAUUAUGUCACAUAUGCAUAUCUAUAUAGGAACUAGGCUAAGUAGAUACUUACAAAAUAUUGCUGUGAUAUUUUUAUAGACUUUUUAUGGACAAUCAGAAUUUAAGUAUAAUUAUUGCAAAAUUGGUGAAUUUUAAUGUGCUUACAUAUUCUGCUGCACCCUUCUCCAUAUGCAUUGUGCGCAAAAUCUCUUAAAUUAACAACCUCACCCCAGAGUAAUUUCUCGUUGACCCCUAUACAGGGUUAUUUUUCUUAUACCAUUAACAAUAUGAAAGCUUAGUAAAAUAUAUAGUAUACCCUUCAAUUCUUAGAGGGUUGGGUUCCUACAGAAUUCUUUUUUGGGAGCACUACAGUAAUGAAGUUAAGCAAAGUUAAACCCAGACCAGAUAGCUGCAUGUUAGACUGAGAGGGCUGCAUGAGCUGUUGAAUCUGUCAGGUUGUUAAAUGAGCAUAAAUUUCCUUCCAGUAACCCUUUGAUCUUGUGGCACUUAUUGACCAAGUCUAUGCUUUUGAGCUUCAUUUUUCUUAUUUUGUUAUGGUUAAAGGUGAAUAUUGUUACUGUUAUAGUUAUCUGUAAAUCUGUUGUACUUUUAAAUGGUCAAAAGUUAAAUUUAACUGUUUUCUCCCCCCGCCUGUGCUGCAUUGGCCAUCAGUGAACACUCUCCUCUAUAGUAGGUCUCUUCCAUAUCAUUCCUGUCAACUCAAGGUCCUUUCUUCAGGUGCUUUAUGCCUCCCACAAAAUCUUCCCCUUUGAGUGUUCUAUGUGAGUGAGCACCAAUUAGGUGGUUUAUGCCUCCACAACAUCUUCCCCUUUGAGUGUUCUAUGUGAGUGAGCACCAAUUAGGUGGUUUAUGCCUCCACAACAUCUUCCCCUUUGAGUGUUCUAUGUGAGUGAGCACCAAUUUGUUGCUUUAUGCCGCCCACAACAUCUUCCCCUUUGAGUGUUCUAUGUGAGUGAGCACCAAUUUGGUGCUUUAUGCCUCCCACAACAUCUUCCCCUUUGAGUGCUCUAUGUGAGUGAGCACCAAUUUGUUGCUUUAUGCCUCCCACAACAUCUUCCCCUUUGUGUGCUCUAUGUGAGUGAGCUCCAAUUUGGUGGUUUAUGCCUCCCACAACAUCUUCCUCUUUGAGUGUUCUAUGUGAGUGAGCACCAAUUUGGUGCUUUAUGCCUCCCACAACAUCUUCCCCUUUGAGUGUUCUAUGUGAGUGAGCUUCAAUUUGGUGCUUUAUGUCUCCCACAACAUCUUCCCCUUUGAGUGUUCUAUGUGAGUGAGCUCCAAUUUGGUGAUGAUACCUGUGUUUUUUUCCUCUCUGCCAGUCCAAUCUAUCUGAAAAAUUGUGUGAUGUCAUAUGAAGAGUGUUUCACUGUUCAGCAUUAUCCUCUCAGUCCAUUUGACAUUUAGUAUUCUUCAUUGACAUUGGUUCAUGAAUGUUUGAAAAUAUUUGUUAAUUUCCUGAGUGUUCCUCCAUGUUUUGGUUUCAUACAGUAGAAAUAUUUUUAUUAUGUGUAAAUAUCGAAUGUUCAAUUCAGUUUUAAAAGGGUGGACUGUGAUAUCCAGAAUAGUUUUCAGCAUGACACGCCAAAUUUGUCUUGCUGUCUGGAUUCCAUUUGUAAACUAAUUAAAUUUUGUUUGAGCUUCAAGUCAUGUUAGGUAAAAACGGAUUUCAAUCUACAGCCAACUUUCCAACAUUGUUGUCACAAUACUUAACAUUGCAGUAAAAGAGUGAAGAAAAGUAAAAGAAAUAUAUCCUAAUACUAUUUUGUGGCGCAUGUUUGAUUUUUACCAAUAAGGAAUUUUUUUAAAAAUUGAGCAGUAAAUAAAUUUCAAAGCUUCAAAGUAUUCUAAAACUGUAAUAAAUGCAUUCAAUUUUUUUUCUCUAAACUUCCAUAUUCUUUCUGUCUCAGUGCAGUGGGUUUUUAAAAUGUUUGAAUGUGAUUUUUGUGUGUUAUAUCUUGUCACAAAAUGUUAUCAUAGGAUAUAUUAUGUGAUUAUAGCAGGAUAGAUUUGAUUAUAGUAGGAUAGAGUUGAUUAUAGUAGGAUAGAUGUGAUGUAAGAAAUAAAAUUCAGUUCAGAACUUUGGAACUGUCAUAAUUUAUUCUUACAUGCUAAUAACAAAUAUUUACUUAACCCUACAUUAAUUCUUAGGAGUUUUCCCAACUAGUAUUGAAAUAUUGAAACAGAUUUUUUUUAAAUUAAUUUUUAAUUUGUGCAUAUUUUGAGCAUAAGGUAAACUGAUAUUUGAGGGAAUAUAUUUUACUUUUUAUUUCCAGGCAAUAAAUAUUUUAACACAUUAUCUGUAAUUUGUACCUGUAGAAAACACACGGAAGGUGCCAUCUACCCAGGCUGCAUUGAGUUUCGAAAAAGAAGCAGGCACACGCCCAAGGUGGACAGGUAAAGAUAUUUUGGAAAGCUUUUGAAAAAAAAUUUAUAUUAGCAAUAGUACCAUAGUCACCAGUUAAAUAACCUCCUAUUUCUGUUAAUGUGUUGAAAGAACAAUAACUGACAUUCCUUUUUAUCAUUAUAUUUGCAUCCCUUGGAUUUGUUAUUUAUUUUCAUUUUCUAAAAUUUAUCUUGCUCCUAAUUUUGCCCUCUUUAUUUGAAGAUUAAUUUUCGACAGAAUAAAGGGGAAUGGGUUAUUUAUUGUCACCAUGCAAAAAAAUUUGUUCAUGGGAAUUUUCUUUUUUUUAAGUUUGCACACCACUGUAUGGAAAUUAGAGAUGCAUUGUGAUCUUCAAAACUUUACUAAAACAACCCACAACAUUUCUCAUAUAUAUGUAUAAUUAUAAUAUGACUAUUAAUUAUUCAAUUUUCAGUGUACCAUUUUAUUACUAGUGGAUUAGAGAAAACAAUAAAUUCCACAUUGAAUUGAAAGAUAAAAUAAUGUAGUAACGGUGAACUCAGGGGCAUUUUAAUAUUUUGGAAUAAAUAAAUUUUUUAAUAAAGACAUUUAGUAAAAUAUCUCUGUUGUCAUGCGAUUAAUAAAUACAUGGCUAAAAUGUCGGCCGGUUGUUAAGCUGUAUGAAUAAAUAUAAUGCAAACUUAAUCAGAAUUCUCAUAUAAUUUCCACCAUAUGCAGAUAAAGAACUGCACCCUAUAAGUCCCAUAUCUGAUCCAGUGGAUGGAAAUGAACCAAGAGUUAAUCUACCUGCUGGUAACUUCUGCUUAUGGGUUUUUAAGUUUUAGUUUUGCUUGAAUUACAGAUUUUAAAUUCUUAAAAACUACAGAUUUAUAGACAGCUCUUUUUCUAAUAAUGUAAUGAAAAAAAAAUUUAAAUAAUACAUUUGUAUGCCAUUCCCCCCCCUGUAACAACCCCCCCCCCUGUAACAAAUUAAAAUUUAUUUAGGUAUGAAUGUAUAUAUGUAUAGUGUAAAGGCGAAUUCAAUUCCGCACACACUUUUAGCACUAAUUGGGAUUCUUACAAAGUGUGUUACUUGAAUGCUUGUUUUUUUUUUCAUGUAACUUUAGUAGAUGGCAAGUUCACACAUUGACGCUGCCAUUUUUUGGUGUGUUAUAUCAAGUUUCAUAUACCAGAAAUUAAUAUAGGAACAUAUUUAAGAGGAUAUAAUGAUUAAACCAAAACAUUAUCUCUUCAGCCAAAGGAGCAACAUCAGCAGAGAACUACAGUUAUUUCACUGAGACGAACUCUGACCAGGCCAUAACAGCAGCAGCUUCAGGAUGUGAUGACAUAAAUCAACCUCCAACUUCUCAAAAGCUAUUUACCUCUGAUCCAAAUAACCCCCCUCCUCAAAACAAACCCACCAGCAAUCAUCUCCAACACCCAAACAUCAACUCUCAGGCAAGCCCCAGUCGCUCUGUCAAACCCCCUAAGCAUCCUGUGGACUCCACCACUAGAAGUCAUGAACAAAGCUUAAGCCUUCAAGAUCAAGAACAUCAUUAUGAAAAGCCCAAGGAUCCAGAGUAUGCCACUCCAGCCAAGAGGCUUGAUACAUUUAGAGGGUGGCCACCUGAUGUACCUGUCACCGAGGAGAAUUUAGUUAAAUCUGGACUUUAUUAUGAAGGUUUGCAAAUAUUUUAAUUAUUAAAAUAUUUUCAUGAAAUAUUAUAAAAUAAUGGAUGCAAGACUACAGGUUACUAAAGAAGCAGUCUUAAAAAAAAAAAAGAGUUGAUUGAUUAUAAAACCUCUGCUGGAAGUUUAUUUGUUUGUCAUUUAUUAAAUAGCACAAUAUUUGUACACUAGGUGAUGGAGACCAAGUAAGGUGUUUCCACUGUGGGGGAGCUAUAAAAAGAUGGGAACCUGGAGACGACCCAGAUGUAGAACACGCCCGCUGGUACCCUAAUUGUGGAUACAUUCGACAGUACAAGGGGCAGGCUUUUGUUGACACCGUACGGAUUAUCAAGAAUGAGUUAUCUCAUGGGGUAAGUGUAACAGAACAAGUUAAUUAUGAUUUUACACAUGACCCUAAUAUUCAUUCCCACGACACGAUGGCGUAGUAUUUUUUCAGAACGAUGUUAUUCACGAGAAAAGCGGGAACUAGUUUUUAGAGCGGAGAUAGAAUACACGCUUAAGUAGAGCGGUAGUGUACGAUUUUUUAUCUGGAAGAGGACAGACAUAUUGAAUUAUUUCUUGUAUGGAUUAUUAAUUGUGGAACAUGUGUGUAUUUAUUCAUUGCAUCCUAUCACUGUCACUAGGAUAUACUCAAAGCAAGAUUUAUUAUUCAACUCAUCUAUUUAAUGUAAUAAAGUACUGUAUCAGACCUGUUUACUCUUACGAUUUUGGCGUACAAUGUACGAUUUUUAGAUGUCUUUUACGAUUGUACGCCAAGACCUUCCAAAACUACGAUUUUCAGAGACCCGGUGGAAAAAAAUUUUCCCCGAUUUAAAAAAAUUAAUAAAUUUUCGGGUUUGGACGUUUUAGCCCUCUCUAAUGAAGAUCUGGCAGUGAAUAUGAACGAGAAAAACGAUUGGUUGUAUUAUUAUUUUUUUUUAAAGUUGGGAUCAUCCUUAUUAUAUUUCGAAAGUACUCGUGGGGAGGUGGGGUUGUUGAUUACGGAAAUUGUGGCAUACGAGACACGCAUGGGUAGGGGAUUGGUGGGAGUGUCAAAGGAUAUAAAUAAAUAACCCUGACGUAUCGUAUUGAUGGAAUUGACGGUGAUUGUCGUAUUGCUGCUUUGUGUGGUCACAGUCACAGGGAACUAGCUGGCUGCUGCGGCAACAGUAAUAUUUAGACUUGUCGCCCUAGCGACAACUUCACCCACCAUCGCCUUUGACUGCUACCAAGCGUGUGACGUAGUUUUGUUACAGAAUUAUUUUGUUCCUCAGAACCGCGGCGAUUGUAAAAAUAGAGAUGGUUUUUAAAAUAAAAUAGAUUAUCCAACUGUUGUGCAGUGGAGCGUUGGAUUUUGGCAUAUUUUUAUAAGAUCCAGUAUUUUAUAAGAUCCAGUCAGCGACAUUGACAAAAUACUUUUAUAACUCGCAAAUCAGCUCUAUGCCUUCAACUUCAACGAUUUUAAUACAACAGUUUGGUAUCACUACCAGCAUUUCUUUCAGCUAUAUCUUGGGGGGGGGGGGGGAACGCCCUCCCUCCCGGGUUAAACCAAGUUGCCCCCCCCCCCCCCCGCGGCAAAAAAAUCCCCACCAAAAAAAAACUCGAAAAUAGGGCACCCCCCCCCCCCCCCCCCCCCCCUUUUUUUUUUUUUGUCCACGGCUUGCAGUAGUUAGACUAUAACAGUGGUCGGCAAAGCGCGACUAGCGAGCCGCAUGCGGCUCUUUAGCGAUCAGCUCGGUCAGCGGGCCACAAACGGUUUUGACUCCCAAAAACAUGGUUCUUGGCAGGUUCUUGAAAAAAAAAUGUGGCUCUCAAACAAAUUUUAAUCGCCCUGCUGGUGUUUUUUUUUUUCUUUCUCUUUUGACAAAUGAGUUUGCCCUGCACCACUGGACUAAAGCGUGUUAGCUGAACAAAUCAGGCGCCUUUUGGGUAGGCAACGGCACAGUUUUUUCCCAGUAAUGAGGGUGGGGGAGGGUUGGAAACAAUGACGUCACAGCACGGAAAGACGUGUUGUCACCAUAUAUUACUGCUACAGUGAUUUCUUGAUGAAAACACAAAGCAUUAGUAAACGAUAACUGUGAAACACUGGUGAUGUUUUAUAGCCUUAAUAAUAAUAAUUAAUAAUGGGCCUAAUUGGAAUUCAUGGCCUUCACAGAUUUUCAGGUGACAGUUGGCUCCAUAAGAGACUGUCAGGAUAAUCAUUGAAGAAAUCAUGCAUAAAUGUAGGUGCCUUCUGCCCCCCCCCCACUUCCCCUCAAAGCUGUCAUGCGCAUCCUCAGCGUGUACGUAGUAGUUGGAUAGCUUUACGUUGACAAGGUGGGGAGGGGGGGUUAUGAAUAUUUUUUACAUUUCAUUUUGCCUACCAAGUAUGUUAUAUAUGGAUGUCCCAUUGUCCCAACAGCCCUGGCGUACGAAGUGGGCUCCAUAGACGGAUGUGCACUUUGCGGUAUUUUAAUGUUACCGGCGAGCCUUUUUGGUUUUGUUACUGUAGUUGAGCAUGCACAAUACAUUACGAUAUGGCAUCGACAAAAUGAAAGGCACGCGAAACCGAUGAUGAAGAAGGAACUUCAACUUAAGAUCAGAUUCAGCAAAAGAAAGUUUCUUAGCUGAUAACCUAUCUUGAAUAUCAGACAAAAUUUACUGAGUUGUGUUCUUCAAAUAAGGGUCCACCAGACACAAACAGCACAGCCGGACUUUUCAUGAGCGAUCAAUCAGAGAUAAAAGGAGUGGUGUUGAUUUAAGAGAUUGUGUGCAUGGACCCGGUCUAAGUAUUUCAAUUUGUAUACUCAACACCGCCAAAUUUUCGUAAUGACAGUUCGGUGUGCGUGGGGGGGGGGGGUUUGGUGUCCUCGUCGGAAAGUAUGUGCGUUAUUAAAAAAAUUCUGCAACAUUCAUCCCGAAACUUUGAAAGUCCAAAAAUAACAUUUCUAUCUCGAAUGGUGUAAAAUACCAGCCAAUGUGUAGUAGGCAUUAGAACCGUGAUGUUGUCAAGGGGUAUUUUCACAAAUCAAUUGGCGAGCUAUACUCAAUUGUGGAAGAAUUACAGUACGGUGUUAAGUCUACCGAAUGUUCAACGCCGCAUGACGUAUAUUUCGUUGGGCUACGCCAGUGGUUCUAACAAGUGCACUUGGACAUAGCGAAUACCAAAACAAAACAAAGGCUGGAAUAAAAUAAAUAUAACACGUAUGUAGGUCACUGAGCGCCAUCUGUAGUUACAAACAGUAGAUACUCAACUGGGUAACUGGACCGAAAGAUGUCACAUUGGAUUAAAAGUAAAAAUAAAAUUAUGAUUUUUUUUUAAAUAUUUCGCAACGCCCCUGUGAGAAAGCCGCAGCAGCCCAUUUAGAAAAUUUUCACCCCCCCCCCCCCCCCCCNUUUUUCACGCGGUUGCUCUUCGUUAUAUUCUCAUGGCCCUGCCCAAGGGCAGCGAGCACCCAGGGCGAUGUAGUCCGAUGUAGCAUAUAUUAUGUGAACCACUGGGCUGGACGAAUCACCAGUGGUGAAAUCCCGUGUCACAUUUUGUUUACUGAAGCAUAAUAUGUAAUGGACUUUGCUAAUUUUUUAUUAUUGUAAUUGAGGGAAAAGAGCGGGGGGUCGUAAAAACUUCUGCAUGCAACGGAAAGGGGGGGGGGGUUUACAUAAUUAGACUUUAUUAUUGCGGUACUGUAGUUUUAUUUAUUUACUAUUGAGAUAUUGUAUUGUACGAUUUUGAGACCAGAUUGUACGAUUUUAUGGGUUUGAGGGUAAACAGGUCUGCUGUAUAAAUUAUUCAUAAGACGUUAUUACUUCUUGAGUGAGAGAGUAACAGAUUCAGAUGAAUUCAUUAUUCAAUUAAUAGCAGCAAGCCAUCCAUUGCAAUGAGCUUAAGUGUUAGUUAACAAUGUUACCACCAAGGAUUGUUAUAUCGGUAUUAUAACAUUGUUACAGUAAGCGUUUUUCCCAGUCAUCUAUGCCUAAUACUUCCAACAAUCCACAAUAUAAACCUAACAUUUAUCGUGGUAUAAAGCUUAAGUAAUUUUUCAACUUGAAACCCCAAAUUUUGUGUGUGAACCUCUACUCUAAUUUUAUGACAUCUUUUUUGCUUUAUAGUGACAGGAAAUACAUAUAAAUAUUCACUAUUUGGAUGAAUUUCCCAGUAAAACCACCAGAAAAUAAUUUAUUUUUUGCAAUGAAGUCAUUGUAUGAUGGAACAUCAAAUGAAACAAUAUGUGAAAUUAAGAAUAAAUUGAUCAUGGGCCUUAAUAUAUAGAAGAAGAAGAAGAUCAGAAAUGUCUUUUAUAAGAAAAUGCAGUUGUUUCAACGCUUAGAGCUGAUCAAAUGAAUUCUAAAAUAAUUCUAAGUUUCUAUUAAUAAUGUUGCCUGUGUGUUGCCCUAGUUUUUGUUCAACCUGCAGGGUGUUGAGCAGUGUCAUGCAGCCUUACCAUCCCUUAUGUUUUUGACUCUGCCACUCCUUUCCUGCCCUUUAUUGGUAAAGUUUGUUUACGUUUCCAGACUGAUAUCUACGUAGUGGAGACAGGUAUCUACAUAGAGGGAGAAAUACUCUUGUGAUUAAAUUUAUAGCUGGAGGGUUCUGACUCCCUCACUAUAAAUUUGAAGGUCAGCUGUGACCGGCAGAAUUAUGAGACUUAGCACACUUUCUAGAUUUUUUAACUGUGUGUGGAUUAAUAUUUGUACCUUUCUGGUAUUAAAUUUUUUCACUUGCUGUCUGUAAGUUAAUAUCUAUGUAUAUUAUUCGCCAGCAAAGGUCAAACAAGACGGGUCAAACAAGAUGCAGGCUAAAUAUAGAUACACAAGAACAAGCAAGAUGACGCAGGCAAACCCUCCCCUCCCUUACCUUGCCUUGCCUGCCCAUCGUUGGUCUUGAGACAUGCGCACUGCAGUGGAGCUACCGCCCCCGUCCCCACCACCCUCGCUUGCCAGCCAAGCUCGCGGCGUAUGCUCGGCAUGAAUUAAAAGGGGUAGCAAAAUUGGCAUUCUUAAAUGUGUUUAACCCGAGUUCACAUUUUUGUUAAGUAACUUUAGUACAUGGGAAGUCCAUGCGCACAUCCCAACAAGCUUGCGGCGUAUGCUACGCCGAGGGUCGCCUAGUAUUUUAUAUUUCUGUAUAUUUGAUUUAAUUUUUUUUUAUGUCAACUUAUUAGUACAAAUAAAUUGAUUAUUGUUAAAUACCUCUAACUUCAGUAUAGUUUUUCUUUGUAUAUUGGUUUUUAGUAUUUUGUUAGCCUAAUCUUAAAACAGAUUAAAUUUGCGAAACCAGAUGAUGAUACUUAACAAAUAUAAUGCAACACCAGCUGUAACAUAAACUAUGAUCACGGCCUUGUGAUCGAAAAUAAACAAACUUUGGGCGAAAACCAAUGCCAUAAAUCUCUAGUGUGGUCAGCACUAACAAAUGCAAUUAAGAAAUUAAUUAAUAUGAAAGAUAUUAGAGUAUAGGUGUACAAAAAAUAUUUGUUUACUUUAGUGGUGUUUUUUUCUGUAUAAAUUACAAUACAUCAGAAGAGACUAUAGAGCAACAGGACAACCAGCUACAUCAUUGAAUUAUCUUCAUCCGUAAAUUGUGGGGGCAUUAGUUACCACCAUCAUGUUUGUUUAAUUAUUCAUCAUUAUGUACAUUUCAGAGACAAAUAACUUUAACUCAGGUGGAGGCGGCAAUGAACAGAUUUGAGGCAGCUGAAUCAAAUGGUGAGUUCUAUUUGUUGAGGAAACUAUUCACAAAUGUAAAACAUGUAGUUACGUAUUUUGAUGACAUCUGUAUCUACACAGAUGACUGGGAAACACAUGUGAAUGUCACUAGACACGUUUUUGGCAUUCUUAAAAAAGCGGGUUUUACCGUUAAACCCUCCAAGUUAGAAAUUGGAAAACAAUCGAGUUCCUGGGGCACACGGUAGGUGCGGGUUUAUUGAAACCCGAUUAGUAACAAUUUAAAUAAAGUGUUAAGAAUUGAUCCGCCUAGAAAUAAGAAAGAAGUCAGAGGGUUAAUUGGUCUGAUCUCAUAUUAUAACAAAUUCAUUCCAAACUUUUCAACACUAACAGCACCGUUGACUGACCUCACCAAGAAAGGUAGACCUAACAAUAUUCAUUGGACGGAUGAAGGCCAACAGGCAUUGGAAGCUAUACAAAAUUAUUUAACGAAUAACCCAAUAUUAGUGCUACCAGACAAUAAUGACCAGUUCAUAGUUCGAACAGACGCAUCGACCAAGGGACUUGGGGCAUGUCUGUUACAGAACAGAAACAAAACCCUCCAUCCAGUUAGGUACAUAAGUCGUAAACUAAUGGAUAGGGAAAUGCGCUAUUCAACAAUAGAAAGGGAAUUCUUGGUCAUAAUAUGGGGCAUUCAAAAAUUGGCUUAUUAUUUAAUGGGUGCGAGAUUUGUUCUUCAAUGUGAUCACCAAGCAUUAAAAUAUCUAAAUACUGCUACAUUUGGUAAUUCGAGAGUCACCAGAUGGGCAUUAAUUUUACAGGAAUUCAAUUUUGACAUUGAAUAUAUCAAGGGAGAAGAAAACACCAUUGCAGAUUUUUUUUUUUUUUUUAUCCCUCAAAAGUGGAAAAAAAAAAAAAAAAAAAAAAAAAAUUUUUUUUUUUUUUAUCCCUGAAAUAGUUAGAAAGAAAAAAAAAAAAAAAAAGUAUUUUUUUUGCUUUGUGAUUAUAUUGUGCAUAGUUAUAAAAAUUACUUGAAAAUGCAAAUUGAAUCCCUGUGAUGGGGGAAGGAGAGACAAUAAGCAAAGAGAACCCUGUUCUAAUGUCUGAGGACAUGAUUUUUGUUGUAUCUCAUGGUGAGCCAUCAGAUAAUGUAAGUCCUGAAGUUGAAUGAUUUUUGUGUGAAGUUGAUGAGGUGAGUGUAAUCCCUGAGGUGGGGGAAGGAGGGAAAAUUGUUGUUGAUAAUUAUUGUGAUGUAAAUGGAUCACUGUGUAAUGUGAGCAAAGGUUGCUCAAAUGGUAUUUUUACAGAGAUAUGUACCGGUAAUGAAUAUGAAUUAGUUGAUAAUGUGAGCCGUGUGUGCUCAGGUUUUGAUGUUAUUGCAGAGAUCUGCAAUGAAAAUGUAUCACAAGUUGUUAUGAGCAGGGGUUGCUCAAAAUUUUAUAGUAUUACAGAGAGCUGUAAUGAUAAUGAAUCACCUUUAAACGUGAGCCAGGGCUGCUCAAAUGUACAUAUUGUUACAGAUUCUGAUAGUUGUAAUGAAAAUAAAUUCCCAAGUAAUGUGAGUGAUGUUUGUCCAGAUUUUGACAGCCAGGAGUGCUCUAACAUUAAGUUGGAAACCAAUGUUGAAUUAUUUAAAGAGAGCGCUGCCAGCUCUAAAGGUGGUCUUGUUUAUGAUUUUCAAGAGGAGGUGAGUUGUCAGGUCCAUGAGUUUGGGAGGUGAUGCUUUUGUUUGUAUUGUUAAAAAAAAAUGAAACUGUUCAAAUGAACUAUUACCAUGAUUGCUUUGAAGUUCCUGAUUUGUUUGAAUUUCUUUUCUAUGAGACUCGUUUUUCAUUGUGUAACAAUUUAAAAAUAUGUAUUGUAAAACAGAGGUUUCACAUGAGUUAUGACCACGGGUCAAAAGAACAGGGAGGGAUAUUUCUAAUUAUAAUUAACAUGUUGACGCAUAAAGUUGUGAAAUCCAUGGACAAAAGAUGUGUCCCGCCAUCUGUAGCUGUGUUAUUUAAGAGCAAAUAAAGGUUGCUUAAAUUGUGGUGCGGCAUCUCUCACCUGUAAUAAUGUUAGAUAGUUUUGUGUGUUUUAUAGUUAUGGCCAUUGGUUUUGUUUAAAAAUACACCUUUUUGAUGAUAUGAAUUGUAUUAUCUUAGUUAUAGUUUCAAAUUCAGUAAGGAUAUUGAUUUAUUUGCCCUGAUUUUUUAGAUAAAAAUAUAAUUAUUUUUAUUUGUAUGAAAAAUGAAAAUUAAUGUUGACAUUCAAUUUCAAUGGUCUGAUUUUUAUUGUCGUACAUGAAUUUUUAACUCUUGAAUUGCAUUUAAAAUUAUGUACGAAGGAUUGUUUUGUUUAUUGCAGUAUAUCAUAGCUCUGUUUUGAUUUUCAGUGAUACCUAAAUAAUGUUUUUUGAUAAGGACCAUUCAUAUGGCUGAAAGAUUCUUCUUGAUGAUAUUCAUCUAAAUUUUGUGUGUCUGGUGUCGAUUUAACUCCCUGAGUUAAAUCUGAAAUGAAAGAGGGGGGAUAUGUCGAGUAUGAGCGUUCAUUAGUAAUUGUUGCGACUCAAUAUUAUGUUCAUUAUUGGUUGAACGCUUUUCCCGCGCUUGACCGCUUAUAGUUAUUGAACGCUCUUCCCGCCAUUGUCUCUAUGAUGUAUUUUUAUGCCGAUUCCGUGACGUAGUGUCUAUGCAGUAUUGUGACGUAUGUUUUAGUCGUGCGGCAGUCUUGAGUGGAACUUUGGAGUGAUAGGAUGUGUAUUAAUUAGGUCUGAUAGCAAGCUGCGCUAUAUUCACGUGUUAUGUGCAUUAUAUUUACUUAGACAUUAAAGUUAUAGUUAUUAUGAAAAGGAAUUGAGUUUGUUCAAUGAUAGUGGGAAUAGUAAGACGCUUCAACGUGUGAAAAGAACUUGACGAAUGUAAUCAAUCCAAGAAGACUGUAGGAGUUGACAGAUACUAUGAUUAACUUCAUGCUUCCCUCAGUCCAAAUGGAAAUUUCUCAUCAGCUAGCUACCAGCCUCUUCAUUCCAAUGCCUUGAUUUAUUACUAUACUGUCACCAACAUGUUGUACUAGCCUUUUAUGGGAAAAAUUCAUUCACCAUAAUCACAGCAGUUGUGGAUGGCUAUGAACUAUCUAUUUUGUGUCGAUUUUUAAAAAGCAAGAAAUCUUAAAUGAUAUAAUCUUUUUGAAAUUAUUUGUAUCUAUUUAGAUUUAUAAUUACUGUUAUUCUAUAGAUAUAUGGGCAUUAAUUUUUAGUGAACCAUAGAGACAAAAAUUAAGAGAAUCAUGAAACGUUUAUUUUCAUCAUCUAUACAAUUAAGUGAUUCUGUGAAAAAAGCUAUUUUAAUAUUAAAGCAACAUAAAAUUUUCAUAUAAUGAAUUUUGUUUUUUUUAAAAAAGAAGCAAUACAAACCUCAACAAAUGACUUAAUUUAAUUUAAACUUAGGAAAUAUUGGGAAUUAUAGGCUAACUUUUACGGCCGUGUUUUUUCAAAAAAUACUUUCUACAUUUAAUUAGUUUUGAUUCUUGAGAGUUGCCCAAAGCCAUUGCAUGUGGUAUUUUAUGGAAACCUGUUGGUUCCAGUUUUAGAUCAAAAUUGCUUUUUUGGCACUUCAAAGGUACCGUACAUGGACAUAUUUUCGUUUUGUAUUGUUUUCCAUAUUUUCAAAGCCUAGUAAUAAUUAAUAUAAUUUAGUUAUAUUUAUAAAUGUGAAAUGCUAUUGUAUUCUGGUCUUUUUAAUUUGUAGGCAUUGCUUUGUCUUCUGAUGUUAUCAUGAAACAGCUGACAGAAGAGCAUAAUACAACAGAUGAGACAAAUGGUGCAAUGGCUACCUCUGGGGCAAUUGAAAUUGGUAAAAUAAUUAUAUUAUUUUGAUGUUUUCAUCUUGUUUUAUCCUGUGGAUUAACCUUAAACCCCCCCCCCCAACUGAAUCUGAAAUAUCUCACAUGGAUUACCCAUGUGACUAGCAAAAAAUCAAAGCCCUAUUCAGAUGGUGAAAUGGUUAAGGAAUAUUUGGAGAGUGUCUUUGAAAUUUACAAAUGGUGCAAUUGCUUCCUCUGGGGCAAUUGAAAUUGGUAAAAUAAUUAUAUUAUUUUGAUGUUUUCAUCUUGUUUUAUCCUGGGGAUUAACCUUAAACCCCCCCCCCCCAACUGAAUCUGAAAUAUCUCACAUGGAGUACCCAUGUGACUAGCAAAAAAUCAAAGCCCUAUUCAGAUGGUGAAAUGGUUAAGGAAUAUUUGGAGAGUGUCUUUGAAAUUAUGUGGCCAGAAAAGAAGAAGGAUUUCUAAAAAAUAAGUAUAUCUUGUCAGACUAUUAGAAGACGUGUGGAUGACAUUGGAAAAUAUAUUGAAGAUAAUUUGAAAAGUCAAGCAACCGAGUUUAUAUUAUAUGCUCUAGCAUUGGAUAUAAGCACAGAUAUGGCAGAUACUGACCAACUGGCAAUUUUUAUCAGGGGCGUUUUAAAAAGACAGAAGAAUUGGCGCCACUGUAUCCACUUAAGGACACUACUAAGUCACAAGAUUUGUUAGCGGCAGUUACAUCGACAUUGAUUCGUUUUUCGUUACAACUUACCACCUUAACAACUUAUCAGGCUUAACAACGGAUGGUACUCCAGCAAAGGUUUAGUCAAUUUGAUGGAAAAUGAGGCCUCCGAAGUCGGUAAUAUUUAAAUGCUAAAUUUCCACUGCACGAUUCAUCAAGAGAAUUAAUGUUUGAAGUCCCUCAAAAUGGACCAUGUAAUGAAACUCGUUGUCAAAUAGUGAUCUUCAUUAAAUCAAACAGGUUGAAUCACCGUCAGUUCCAAGAAUGUCUAAAAUAUUUGGACUUAGAUUAUAAUGAUGUUACAUUUUAUGCAGAAUUAAGAAGCCUGACCCGUGCCAAAAUGUUGAAAAGAGUGUUUGAUUUGCAGCAAGAAAUACAAUCAUUCUUUGCAAGCAAGUCAAUAAGUAUCCCAGAGUUUGAAGACAAAGGGUGGGUUUGUGACUUUACAUUUUUGGUCGACAUAAUUAGCUAACUAAAUGACGUUAAUACUCGUCUAUAGGGACGAUGUAUGAUCAUUUCUACAUUUCAAAUGAAACUUGGUUUUUGGGAACGACAGUUGAGGACAAAAAACCUUUCUCACUUUCCUACAUUGUCAUUGCAACCAGACGUCACAUAGAUGGCGCCUGAUAAACACACUGCUUUGAUAUAUGACUUAAACCUCAAAUUUGAAAACCAAUUUCAGGAUUUCAAAAAACAUCAUGUGCCUUUUUGUGCAUUUGCAAUGCCUUUGGCGGUAGAUGUGAAUUUAUUACCAAGAAGAUUACGAAUGGAACAUUGUGAUACACAAUGAAGGAGAAAUUCCAUCAAAUUGGUUUGAAAUAGCUCUAUAAAACGUAUUUGGACAAAGAUACAUAUCAUGCGUUUUACAAACAUGCUCUGUCGAUGAUAUUGCUAUUUGGAAACACUUAUGCGCAUGAACAGCUUUUUAGUCGUAUGAAGCACAUCAAAUCACAAGAAAGAACACGAAUUACUGAUGUUCAUUUGGAAAACUGUUUUUUAUGUAGCUACAACAUCAGUUGAGAUCAAUUUUGACCACGAUUUCACCUACUGGAAAGCGAAGCUGUAAUACACUUGCUUGUUUCUUUAAUUUGUAUUAACACAAAAAAAAAUUAAGUGCGUGGCCCAGCAGGAAAUAUUAUUUUUGAAAUUUUGCCCGCCUGCUGAAAAGGUUGGCCACCCCUAAGCUAAAUGGUUUGCACAGGGAAAGGGCGAUUCUUUAUCAUUAAUUAAUUUUUUUUGCUAUGCUAUUAUAUGGACACCAUUUCGUCUUCUGUGAAUAUUAAGGUAAAAAACUGUCAACGCUUCUCGUUUGGAUAUGAAGUGUUAAAUUAUUAGAAUCAAAGACACUGACUAGGUGUUUAAGAUUUAACUGCAACAAAUUUAAACAUUAAUGUAUAAUGUUGUUUGUAGGAUUAAAAAUUAACAACAUUGUUGUUCCAAUAGACAAUCACUAUUUAUAUAAUGGCAUUCAAUAUAAUUUAUGGAUCUUACUUAUAUAAUGGUAUUCAAUAUGACUUAUGGAUAUAUCUACUUAUUGUGUAUUUCAGGAACUAAAAAGGAACCGAGUGACUAGAACAAUACACGUCAUUAAAACUUAAGGUGCAAGAUUUGUUGGGAUAAAGAAGUCAAGGUUGUAUUCCUCUCAUGUGGCCAUCUGGUUUCCUGUCAAGAUUGAAUAGCCUGUACAUUGACCUAGUUUUUAUUCACCACAAGCAGUGGUAUUCAACCUUCUCUCACCUCCCCCCAGUUUUUUUUUUUGGAUUGAUGUCACAAUUUAAAUGUGCAGCACCAGUCCUUUAAACCACCCCUCAGUUGAUUGUGUAAAGGUUUUUUACGCUCAAAUAUGUUCUAUUUUCUCUAAAGAAUCUUAUUAUUAUUAUUAUUAAUUGUGUGUAUAGUAUUGCAUAUAGUUUUUACUUCUGUAUCUUUGAAUUUGGAUUUUUUACAUAAAUUGAAUGGUAUAUUGUUUGGAUCACUAGCUUUGGUAUCAUUUUUCUUUGCAUAAUUUUUUUGUUUAGUCCUUUAUUACAUAUUGUUUAUUUAACAACCCAAAUCUUAAAACAGAGUAAAUUAUAGUGGUAUGUAACAAAUUGAGGAACUUGUCCAUGAUUGCACACAAUUUUUUUCUUACUGCCACCAAUAACAAAUUGGUCUUUGUCCGGUCACUUGUAUCCAUCUUUUCUUAGGGACACAAAUAACAAAUUAUUUUCACUAUAUCUUUAACAAUACCAAUACCAGAGCUUAUCGCAAAUUUUUUUUUUUUAUUAUUAUUUAAAAAAAAAAAUAUUAGUGUGCUCAUUAAGCUUUUAAAUCAUUAAAAUAUAUUCAUACAAUUUACCUGCUUUCGAAAUAGAAAAUGUUCUUUGAUGUAAAGAACCCUCCAGUAGAAACAUUAGACAAAUGUUCUUGAAAAGAAUUAUUUUCCAUUGCGAAAAAUUUAGGAAUAGAAGUAGCCCAUACUUUAAAAAAGAUUUGUAGAAAUUGGAGCUAGGCGCUUUAAAGAGAAAAGAGAAUAUUCAUUACCCUGUUUAUAUAAUUGCUUAGCACAUUAAGUAAAAUCCCCCCCCCAUCAACAUGUCUUUGCCUCCCGAAAGGGGAAACUUAAGGCUAAAAAACAGUUAACUUAAUAACUUUGACAAAUCAUUCUUGACCUAGCUUUGUGUGAACUUUUAGGUUGUAGGCAAGUUUCGGGCAAAUAAAAAUCAGUCUCUAACAUAGAAUCCUUCCGUCAACACAGAGAGCUUCUUACACAUAUGUUUUGAAUUCAUUUCUAAUUCUUUGUUGUUUCUUGUUUUGUCUUGUCGGAAGAAGGAACCUACCCCGAAAUGUUUGUUUGAUUGUCCGGUCUUUUCAUUUUAAGCCUUAACUUAUCUUUAUUCAUUUCCUUAUAUACUAUACCUUUUUAGUCAAUGGGAAAAUCCCCUGUUAAGUAGAUGACGUGUGUACGUCAAAUUUCCCCCGUGCUGUGAACUCUAGCAGACGCUGUGUUAGUAUUGGCCAUGGCUUAUUCCCUUUGAUCUUGUUUACCACAAACCAAUCUAUCGUCUGUUUUUCUUGACUCGAAAAUGGUAGUAAAUUGUAGAAUGUUCGAGUCACUAAUACGGCUGGAAUUUUUAUAUGGAAUAGACCAUUUAUACAGGCGAAUGGCAUGCAGACUGCAGAGCAGAUGUGCAGACCGUUUGUGAGGGUUAUUUUGGAAUGUGUGAGAGUUUGUUUACAUUAGACUUCUUUUCAUUAUUUGUACAUUUUUGCACACUGUGUUUUAUUUGGACGUUGUACGUUGGUACCAGCCAUACAAUUUACUGUAAGUUAAUAGUUUUUAAUUAUAUUUCAUUUAGACUUUUGUACUUUGUUAUUAAUUUAAUAAAACUUAUUAAUUGUAAUUAGCCCUGUUCCGAGAAUGGUAUUAUUUGUUAUUGUUUUCAUCAUUUGGUAUCGUCUUUUGUUAUGCCCUUUUUUAGAACGAGCCAUAAACUUAGACUAAGAGAUUAAUUUCUCCCUACAGACAACGGUGCUUAACACCCCUUUCACUCAAAACUUUUGCUUCAUUGAUACAUAUAAUAUGUAGGAUCUUAUGUUCUUUUUGUAAUGUAAAUAUGUAUAUUCCUUUCUAAAUAUGAAUUUUGUUAAAGCAUAAUUUGGUAAUUCAUACCUAGUAUUUCAAAAAUUUGUAUCAAGUAACUUUCCCUAAAGUAAAAAUAGCUGUCAAAGUCUUUUUUUUCACCCUUAAAAUUAAAAAAAAAAAAUUUGCUGGCCAGAUCAGCCAGACAUAUUCAAGCUCUUGAAUACAAAAACAACCUGAAACUGAAAUUUGUUAAUUAAGAGAAUACCGCUUACUAAAAACUCUUAAAUUAUUCCAGGUUGAAAGGCACAUGCCCACAUCACCAAUGGAUCUAAAUGAUGAUGAUUACAUUUCUCCAAAUAAAAAGUAUUCCCACAUAUUUUCAGUAUUUUGUAAACACUGGUUUGGUUAGAGAGAAGUAUUUCUCAAUUUUGUGGUGAUGUAAAACAAGUACUAUGGCUUACAGUAAACCCUUCUCUCAAAAUGCUUGUCUUGUGAACAGUUUUGUUUUACUAAUUGACUAAUCCACUUUACUGAGGGGCACAGGUUAUGUAUCUAUUUUUUGAUCUUGUUAUGUCAAUUUAAAGAAUUCAAAGUAAUAUUAAAUUUUGUGAUGUCAAUAAUUCACAUUAGCCAAUUGUUGAAACUAAUAAAUGUAUUCUUAUUUUUUUUUCAAAUGACUUCUGUAAGCACUCAUUUAGUAUCUGUUUUUAUGCAUAUAUAUUUCAUGUACAACUGUUAACCUUUAUAAUGUAGGAGCAACGAAACAUUACCAGAACCAGGAGUGACUGACUCAGGAAAUAUUUUAAAACAUUUUGUUACAGUAUAGUCUAUGUUUUGAUUUAAUUUCAACUCAACGUGGAGCUAAAGUUCCCCUAUCCCUUUUAUUUUUUUUAAUUUUGGGAAAAGGUAAUUAGGUUGUUAACGCUGGAAUAUUUUCUAUUUGUUCUUAAGAAUGCUAUCUGGUGACGCAAUUUCUAGAAUUUCUUUUGUGAAUGGUACUGAUUUAAUCACUAUAUAUAGGCUGGCAGCUUUCCUAGCCGAGGGAGCAAUUGUCUGUUACAUAUAUGAGACAUAACACACUUUUAAGAGUGUACUCUUUAUGUGUGUGUAUGUAAUUUAUGUUUGUACCCUUUGAGUAUUGUACGUUUUCACUUGCUGUGCUAAAAGUUGAUGUAGUUUUUAUU